AAAAGAACGAAGCUUCAGGUUUCGAAAGGCAUAGGUAACGAUGAAUAUGAUAGCCAUGGUCGACUCAUAAUUGCUGAAUACUCACACUUUUACUUCAUCGGUGCGUAUGUGAUGAAUAGCGGUCGCGGUCUUGUCAAUCUGGAAAGGCGAGGCAAAUGGGAAGAACUUUUCUUGGAAAAGAUCAAAGAACUGGACGAAAAGAAGCCCAUAAUCUAUGGCGGGGAUCUAAAUGUCGCUCACAAUGAAAUUGACUUGACCAAUCCCAAGCAAAACAGAAACAAAACUGCGGGCUUCACUGAUCAAGAACGUGCAUGGUUUUCGAGACUUUUAGAAGCUGGAUUUAAGGAUACAUAUCGUGAAUUACAUGGAGAUAAGCAGGAGUACUCUUUUUGGUCAUAUAUGGGUAACGCUCGAUCUAAGAACAUUGGCUGGCGACUUGAUUACUAUGUGGUCAGCAACAGAAUUUUUGGAAAAGUAAGUUUGCUGGAAUGCGAAGAACACCCGCAUUAUUCCUCUUAA